GAUAUUCUCGCAAUGAACUUACAGAAGACAGCAAGUCCUAUACCAUAUGCGAUAAACAAUCGCUGAGAAACAUCGACAUCGACUUUAACGACGACGACGACUCUGUUGCCGUUGCCGCCGCUUUUGUCAGCGAAAACGAAAACAAUUCAAUGAAACAGAAAACUUGUGGUGGAGCUUUUCUCUCAAAAACUGCUACGAUAGCGACAAUGACGACCACAACCAUGUCGAAGUUGGUGGCGGCGGCGGCGAAAAAACCUACAGCUGCAGCAGAUACGAAAGAAGUUGGUGGGAUAGCAGCAGCAGCAGCGGCAUCGAAAUCGACUUCGACAGUGGCUCCACAACCAUUGACACCACCGUUAAACAUUUUACCAAUAAAAUUAGAUGACGUAAUGCCACCAACACCACCACCAUUAACACAAGAUAUUAUGACGUCAGAGCAAUGUUUAGAUUACUCAACUCCCUUGCCGGUUGGGUUACCCCGACUCCGUCACCGGUCAGACAAUUUCGUCUCCCAGACCGAAAGCCAUAAAAUAAUUGGAGAUGGGAUACAUCGACGAAUUGAAGAUGUUUCUUCUCAACAAAAUGUGAGAGAUGGCGCCGCCGACGCAAUUGAUAGAGCUGAAGACAACCAAGAGGCUGGGCGAAAGAAUCUUCCGGUGGAGGCAGCAGCGGUAGCAUCCACAUCGUCACCAGUUAAGAAUGAAUCAACAAAGUCGGCUGAAAUGGAAAACCUUUAUUACCGAAGAAAUGCUCUUUACACCUUUGUUAAAUAUUUGGAAAAUAGUUUACCUCUAGGCAUUAGAAAACAUGUAAAUGAAAAUAAUUCGAAUGAAAUAAAAACACCAGAUGAUAUUCUUGAAACCGACAAAGAAGAAAAAAAACAAGAAGAAACUACAAAAGAAAUUUUCGAAGGUAUCUCUGUUUUAAAAGAACAAGAACAAAAUAAGAAUGAAAUUGAUAUCAAAGCAAUGUUGGAAGAACGAAAUGAAUUUAUCAAACGUUGCCAAAGUGAUCCUUUCUACACUAAUCAACAAUUUCCUCAACCAUGGAAGGUUCUCUCAAAAAUAUCAAAGGUAAUAGCUCGUGAAAUUGUUGAAAACUUCGAGUCUGAUUUGUCUUUCGGGGAAGAAUCUUACAUACGAGAUUUUAUUGAUAAUGAAGUUCAAACUUAAUUGUUGUUGAUUUUCUUUCCGUUCUUGAAAUAAUUGAUUUUCUAACAUUUUUUUAUAAACAAAUAAAAAACAAUGGCUUUUACUUACUAUUUUAUUACGU